AAUCCGGAAUGAGGCUGCGGAGGGGGAGGUGUUCAUAAGGGCGGUUGCUCCUCUCUGUAUUUGCCCAUGAUUUCUAGCCAUCAAUAAACAGCCCUUCUGUAUGUAUGUAUGUAUGUCUAUCGUUUUCGAUAAACAGAAGCUGACAAUAACAAAGGGUAAGGAUGAAUCAAUACAUUUCACCAGAAGGCACAAUCUUGAGUCUUGAUGGAUCGGAGAAAGGAAGCAUGGAGGCCAGUUCUGAUAGCCAUGAAAGGCCAUCCCGGCACAGGAAAGAGCACCCUGGCAAAAGCUCUUGCAAAGGCCAUCAAAUGCCCGUUAGUAGACAAGGACCAUUUCCGGGACUGCACCUACCCAAUUCAACAGGCCCUGCUGCAAACUUCACCUGCCAUGGCUGCCAAGCUGCUGAACGACCUGUCCUACGAAGCCAUGAGGCGGGUGGCGGCAGCCCAGCUUGGCUUGGGGCUGAGUGUGGUUGUUGACUCUCCGCUCUCCCGGCAGGCCCAUCUAAACUGCCUGAUGGAGAUGGCUGCCAGAAGCGGCGCCAGGGUGGUUGUGGUGGAGUGUAAGCCAGGGGAUGAGGGAGAGUGGCGCCGGAGGGUGGAGGUUAGGGGCGCUGAUUGUGGCGGAAUGGGGUGGCAUAAGCCGGCGACAUGGGAGGAUAUGCAGCGGUUGCUGGAGGAGUACGGCGGGUGUUGGGAGUUUGACGUCGGAGACGUGCCGAAGCUUGUGGUGGACACCACUGGUGGGGUUGAGGUUGAGGAGAUGGUUUCCAAGGUUAUUGAAUUUGUUGAUUCUUGCAAUCUUGAUCAGGAGUCUCGGGACAAGUAGUUGUUAAUGGCAGACCGAUCAUUUGGAAAAUUAUUAGAGUAUUUCUAAUUUGAAGUUACAAAAGAUAGAGCAUUUGUAGUGUAUAUAUUAUUAGUCCUCUUCACCGAUUUCAUCAAAAUCUUUGGAUGUGUUUGUCUGUGGGUUUGGAUUUAGAUUUGUAUCUUUAAUUAGUAAAAAGCUUCAUAUAUAUAAAUAAAUGUUGGGAUUUAUUAUUA